AUGUUUGCCAGUGGCAGGUCAGAGUUAGCCAGCUUGGGUCAAAGGCAGGCAGUUGCAAGGAAUCAUCUAUUGUUGUCAUCACUGUUUCUCCCUACUGCUGCUGUUUUCUGUAGGCCAUCCAUGGUACAGCAUGCUGAAGUGCCUGGGCACAGCACAAGGUGGUAAACAAGAAACCUGCUGUCAGAUAACACAAAACACCUGGAGAAUAAAAGCAGUGGUAUCGAUUUUGCAAAAUGACAAAACAUCCACCGAAUAGAAGAGGGAUCAGCUUUGAGGUGGGAGCCCAGUUGGAAGCCCGGGACAGAUUAAAAAACUGGUAUCCUGCCCACAUUGAAGAAAUUGAUUACGAGGAAGGAAAAGUGCUUAUUCACUUCAAACGCUGGAACCACAGAUACGAUGAAUGGUUUUGUUGGGACAGUCCUUACCUUCGUCCCUUAGAGAAAAUACAGCUAAGAAAAGAGGGGUUACAGGAGGACGAAGGUUGUACUGGAUUUCAUAUAAAUGAUCAGGUAUUGGCUUGCUGGUCUGAUUGUCGUUUUUAUCCAGCCAAAGUCACUUCUGUUAACAAAGAUGGUACAUACACUGUAAAAUUUUACGAUGGAGUAGUUCAGACUGUCAAAAAUAUUCACGUCAAAGCUUUUUCCAAAGAUCAGAAUAUUGUUGGUAAUGCUAGGCCUAAAGAAAGAGGUAAUGAAAUCACUUCAUCUCCUGAAAAACGGGAGAAAUUUAAAGUACAAAGGAAAGCAGUUGAGAACGCUAAGGAGGACAAGGAUGAAAAGACAUUAAAGACUGAAAAACGAUGUAGACAUUCUGAUAAAGAAGGAAAAUUAAUAGUCUUCUCAGAAAAAGGCAAGGUCUCUGAAAAGAAUAUACCAAAGAAUGGGAAAGAAGACAAAGAGAAUAUAUCAGAAAAUGAUAUGGAAUAUUCAAUAGACACACAAAUUGAGAAGAAACCAGAAAAUGACAAUGUGAAGAUCCCACAAGAAGGCAUAAAAGAAACUAAAAGGAAACGUGGUAGACCACCUAUAACUCCCCCAACAGAGCAAAGUUCUCAAACCCUGCAGCCAAUAACAUUGGAAUUAAGACAUCGGAAAAUACCUAAAAUAGGUGAAGUUCCAUCAAAACGUCCUAGGGUUGAAAAAAACUUGGCUCAGGAAAAACUGAAGAGCUCUCCAGAUAACCAUGAAAGAGACCAGAUUAGGAGACGAUCCUCAAGGCUCUCAUCCAGUGGAAGUCAUGACAUUUUAAACAUAGACUGUGUCACAACAACUCUGACAGAAAUUGGACCUUUGAAAGAUUCAGCAUGUAGCCUAAAGGAUCCUAAGAAAGAAAUUUCCAUUGAAUCUGAUGAAAACUUCUGUGAACAAGCACCUGUAGUCUCUGGAGAUGUAUCACAUACCACAGCUCUUGAUGCAAAUAUUAGUUUACAAGAAAAAAUGGUAGAUCCUGAGACUUCCUUCAUAACUGCUGAAACACAAGAGCCUUCUGCUGCUACAGUAACAAAAACUUUUAAGAGAGCAGAUGAUUUUAUUACACCAAAAACUGCAACUGUUGACCGAGAUCACAAGUUUAGAUGCAAGUUCUUGGACUGUUCAAAAUCAUUCCGCAAAGCCAAGCUGUUGCAUUAUCACAUUAAAUAUUUUCAUGGAAUAGAGAAGACACCAGAACCACAACAGAGCCCGAUAAAAAGAAAUAUUCAAACAAGAGGUUCUUUGGCCUCUGAAAAAGUGAAUCAGGAAAUGUCAAAUAGAAGGACUACAUCUCGUUCAUUUUAUGGUCCUCUGCACAUAGCCUUAAGGAGUACCCCACAUAGAGGUGAAAAAGUAGAAAAGAGAAGAACUUCAGCUCCUUCCUCUGUAAAUUUAUUAAACAGUCACCGAUCUUCUCUUAGAGAGCAAAGCAAAGAAAAUCGAAUAGACAGAUCACAUCGGAAAUAUCAAGACAAAGAAAGAACUGAAAAUGUUGUUAAAGACCAAAAGAAGAGCAAAGAGAAGAAAUCCAAAGAUUGUAUUAGAUCGAAGUCAAAGAAAAAGAAGAAAAAGAAAUCUAAGCCUGAAUACCCUGGCAGUGAAGAAAACAUUGACAUUUCCCAGGAGCCUUCUCCUCCAAAAUCUGUCAACAUGACAAGAUACAAUUCUUCAAAUAAAUCAUAUACCCAGCUAAGUACACCACCUCUACAUGACUCUGAUUGUGGGCAUCAUAAAGAGAGAUUGAAAGUAAAUGACGAAGAGACCUUGAGUGAGUCGUCCACAGAUAGCUUGGUUUGGAGUGAAGAUGACUGCAGUCGGGACAUUGAUGUAACCACUAAUCCAGAUGAGGAUUUUGAUGAAGAAGACAGUGACUUUGAGAUUGUUCGAUGCCUUUGUGAAUUGGAAGAAGAAAAUGACUUUAUGAUUCAGUGUGAAGAGUGUCUGUGCUGGCAGCAUGGAGUCUGUAUGGGUUUACUGGAAGAUAAUGUACCUGAGAAAUAUACCUGCUAUAUUUGCCAAGAUCCUCCAGGUCAGAGAUCCAGCUUAAAGUACUGGUAUGAGAAGGAGUGGUUAAGUAAUGGGCACAUGCAUGGCUUAGCAUUUUUGGAAGAAAAUUAUUCCCACCAGAACUCCAAGAAGAUAGUAGCCACUCACCAACUUCUUGGCGAUGUACAGAGAGUGAUAGAAGUUCUGCAUGGACUGCAGCUGAAGAUGAGCAUUUUACAAAACAAAGAACAUCCUGACUUAAAACUUUGGUGUCAUCCUUGGAAACCAUUUACAGUUGGUGAAAAAACUGCUACUAAACGCAUCAUUCACAUUGAAGAGGACUGCUACAAAGAAGGGACUACAAGUUAUAGAACUUUCAGUGGAACAGUUGAAAAACCCUCAACUGUUCCUUCUUUGGAGGAGUCUUAUAUCACUAGUGAACACUGUUACCAGAAACCUCGGGCCUACUACCCAGCUAUAGAGCAGAGACUGGUUGUGGAAACCAGGGGUUCAGCUAUGGAUGAUGGAACAAACCGAAUUAGAGAGAAUGGGGAUGAUGCCCUGUCAGAGAGAUUUGGAUGGGAUCUGAACAGAGAAAUAUGCAAGCUGGAGAAUGAGUCCAGACAUAAUUAUACCAAGGUUAGAGAAUGUGUUUCUAAGAAAUUCUCUUCGGAUGAAGCUGUUGAAAGAAAAUUGCUGGAAAAAGACAAGGAAGGAAUUGUAAGCUCGCAUCUACAGUGGCAGCUUAAUCUUUUAGCCCAUGUUGAAUCUCUGCAAGAUGAAGUUACACACAGGAUGGAUUUCAUCGAGAAAGAACUGGAUGUUUUGGAAAGUUGGUUGGAUUACACAGGAGAGCUGGAACCGCCAGAACCACUAGCUAGACUUCCACAACUUAAACAUUGUAUAAAACAGCUUCUUAUGGACCUAGGCAAGGUGCAGCAAAUUGCACUGUGUUCCUCAACGUGAGACAAGAAAGAUCUUGGAAAUUGCUAUUGAAUAUGAACAUGGAACAUACGAACAUGAGCACUGCUAUAUAUUUAAAUGAAAUAAGCAUGCUGAUUGCAUGUGAUGCAGAUUUCAGGGAUUUGUGAAGAAGUUUUACUGUUCAGAAAGCAGUAACAAACUAGGUUUUCCUUAUCUUUUGAUUGUUUGGGUUUAUUAGUUAACAACGUGGAAGGGGAUUUACCCUUGUUUUCAAAUGUUAGGAACAGGCUAAUAGAUUAUAGUAGUAGAUUUUUUUUCACUCUUUACAGGAAGUUUGUUGAAUGAUACUAUAAACUUUUUUGCAUAAUUAAAUGGAUUUAAAAUUGUGCCACUAAAGAACAGAGUUCUAAGAGCCAAAAAUGUUUAGGUGACACAGGUUAUAAAUUAUGUUCUAUAGAGUUUAUUUAAGUGACUUGUAUAGUGAUUGUUCAUGCUUUAUUCCUACUGGUUUAUGCAUAGCACAGUAUUUAAUCAAUAUGAGAUGUUACACCAAUUUUCAGGCAUAAUAAGUAUGAAUGUCCAACUCUUAUAAGCUGUUACAUGGAGGUUUGCAAGUAAUCCUGGCCUAAAGCCCCACUUCUGUUAUUUUAAAUAGAUGUACCAGAAGAUUGGAGUUGGGUUGCACUUACUUUCAUAGUAAACGAUUGCUUUCCAUGUUUAUCAUGGUAGUAUCCCAUAACUUUAUGGUACUGGGGAGACCCAUUUAUGGUAAUGAUUUUGUGUUUCUGAAUCUUUAAAUAUGGCCAAACUGUGCCUCCUGAACUAGUGCUAACAGGAUACUCUUGGGGGCAACCUAUGCUCUGUCUCUAAAAGAGGGGAGAUGCACUCAAAGUUCCAAUCUUCAGUAAGGUCUGAGUAGAUGUUAUGUCUGUUUUAUACCAACUUAAUAAUUGUCAUUCCAGUUUUAUUUUGAACUGUAGACUUUUUUCAAUAUUUUAGAUGUGCUCAUUGUAAAGACUCACUAUGAAUGUGUAGUUUUGGGAACUGGUUUAUUUUAUAUUUAUGCAAAUAAAACCUCAAUCUAUGCAUGAGGUACUGUCUCACAGACAGUGAGCUGGUAUUAUGUUAAAGAGUGUAUGUUUUUGAAGUCCCUUUUUAUACCUUAAGAAGUUUUAAUUUUCUGGUUUGUAUUAUUUUGACAUCAAGAUGAAAAUGCUGCUUAAGUUGAGGAUAUGCUAUACAAUACUUUUUGAAAUGUUGAUAUAUUGUAAGUAUUUGAGAUGUUAAAAGCCUUUUAACUGCAGAUUAUAGCUCCAUAAAUAAUAACUGUUAUUUUGUUUUCCCCCACACCUCCUCCCCCCAAAUGUUGCUGCGUGUAACUUCACAAUGGAAAAUGAUGAUCUGUUUUGGUAUUGAGAGAGGGUAUCCUAAAAAAGGAUUUUUCUGUUAUCUUGAUUUUGUCUACAGUUCUGUUUAUGGUAGUUCCACCAAAGGUUAAAAUAGAAGCACAGUUGUAAUUGGAAAGCCCAUAAGUGUACACAUUUUAAUUAUGGACAUAUACAUCUGUAAUGUGCAUAUGCUGUAGAAAAUAAAGAUUUAGUAUGUAAACUUGAAAUAGCCAAUAUUAUCAUAGGAGCAACAGUAUCUACAGUGAACAUUGUUACCAGUUUGUUUCCUUUCAAAAAUGGAAUAAGAUACUCAAGGUAGUAACUAAAGCUUCUUUGCCAGCAUUCAUUUCAGGGAAUAGUUUGUCCCAGGGGGUGUGUCUACACAAGACAUUUACUGCACAGUUGACUAAUUAACUGCGCAGUAACAUCUCAUUGUCUACAUGUAUCCCCCUAUUAGGGCACACAAAAGUAAUAAACUCCACAGCAGGGUAGUACCUGUAAAAUACAAAUAUUACCCUGCUGCAGAAUCUUUUCAUACACAGCAACGCAUGUGUAAAUGCUGCCCCAGCUGGC